GGCCAGAAACGGAACCACGUGACUCCUGUUACGCAUAUAAAUUACUUUCUAGAUCUAUUCUAGACAUUUCUAGAUAAGUGUCUACUUGCUGUAACCCGAUCUGGUCUGUCUCUUCAUCUCUCUUUUAUCGUGUUGGAAUUUGGUUUUCCCCUCAACAAAUCGAGGUAAAUUUGUCUUUAAACCGGACAUUCCCUGAACACCGCUGACCAGUCGUAACCAUUUCAGAGACGAAGGAGGUCGGCCGCGGCGCGUGCCUGCUGGCACUUUAAUUAAAGACUGUUGCACCUGAAUCUCUCCACGCCAUGUCUCACGACAAAAGUGGGUACCCCGUGAUGGGUGACGGCAACCAGCCUCCCAACCCAAAUUACUACGGACCCCCUCAGCCUGGGUUUGCCAUGCCCCCUCCCAACUACAGCCAAGCCACAGGGGGACCGUACCCACCAGCAGGCGGCUACGGACAGCCGGGCUUCCCCCAGGCUGGUCCCGGCUUUGCCCCCGGCCCGUACCCUCCAAUGGGGUUCCCUCAGAUGCCCUACGCUCAGGGGCCUUAUCAGCAGGGAUUUGGACAAGCAGGUUUUCCUGGUGACCCCAUGGGAGUGCCUGCAGACAGCCCUGCCUACCAUGACGAUGGUCCUCCUUCAUAUGGAGACAAUGAUGAGUUUAAAACUGGAGGUUUUGAGGACAAGAUGGUCCGACGGGCUUUCAUCAGGAAGGUCUUCUUGGUCCUCACCGUUCAGCUUCUUGUCACCUUUUCCUUCGUUGCCAUCUUCACCUUCAGUGACAACGCAAAGAUCUUUGUGCGGCAUAACCCGUGGGUGUACUACACCUCCUACGCCUCCUUCCUGGUCUGCCUCAUCGCUUUAAGCUGCUGCGGAGACUUCCGCCGCAAAUACCCGGGAAACAUGAUCGCUCUGAGCAUCCUGACCCUCAGUUUGUCCUACAUGGUGGGCAUGAUCGCUAGUUUCUACGACACAGAGACCGUCAUCAUCGCUGUGGGCAUGACCGCCGGGGUCUGCUUCACCGUCGUCUUGUUCUCUUUGCAGACAAAGUAUGACUUCACUUCCUGCCGUGGCGUGCUAUUUGUGUGCCUUAUUGUGUUGAUGAUCUUCUCCAUCCUCUGCAUCUUCAUCCGCAACAAGAUCAUGCAUUUAGUCUAUGCCUCACUGGGGGCUCUGCUCUUCACUUGCUUCUUGGCUGUUGACACUCAGCUCCUUCUGGGUAACAAAAACCUGGCCCUGAGUCCAGAGGAGUACAUCUUCGCUGCUCUCAACCUCUACACAGACAUCAUUAACAUUUUCCUCUACAUCCUGGCCAUCGUGGGCCGCUCCCGCGAAUGAGCUCCCCGCCGUCAAGACUUCAUGAGGAGCCUCCUGUUCAUGUGUCGCGUUAUUUCCCUCCACUCAAGUUUAGCGUCUCCCCUCAUUCCCUCUCGUGGUUCACAGUCGUACUUGGAAACGAGGGCAGCAUGUUG